AUGAUAGCCUCAGGUUAUUCUCAGUCAAAACUUAAUAAACUUGUAAACGGGAAAUAUUGGUCAUCAAUGAACAUCAUUAAUGCUAGUGAAAAGAUGGCAGCAAUUUUUGCUGGUUUUUUUCUUAUUUGCAUUAUCCUCCCUUCGCUAGCCUCAGCAUUUGUAGAUCAUCUACCUGAAGUUGUCCAAGCAGACGAGUCUGAUAAAAAUGAUGUACCGAUCCAUGUUAAUAAUGUCGCUCAUUUCAGUGAAAAGGAAGUAAAGGAGGCAUUGAAGAAAAGGGCAAAGGCAGUGCAUGAUUUGUGGGAGCAAUUUCGUGAUCAUGACGAAAAUGCUGCACCUGUAGAAGAUGAUCCAACACCUAACCCUGUGCCUGUUGACCCAACACCUAAUCCUGUGCCUGUUAACCCAACACCUAACCUUGUGCCAGUUAACAAUGUGCCUGCAGGAUAUCCAGGAGCAACUCAAGCGCCUGUGACAAUGGGAUAUGGGGGUGCACCUAUAACACCUAAUCCAUCAGACCAACAAGCAACUGUGCCUGAACAGCCAGGUGCUGUUCAGAACCACCCAACACCGGAAGAAAUUAAAGAGCAUCGCAAACAUGCUGGAUUGCAGGUGGGAUUUUACGAUGAAACUUGCCCGAAUGCUGAGAAGAUUAUUAAGGAUGGCAUGAUCAGAGCUUUUGGGAAUGAUUCCAGCAUGGCUGCUCCAAUUCCCCGUCUUCUGUUGCAUGAUUGCUUUGUUAAUGGAUGUGAUGCGUCCCUAUUCUUAGACCAGACACCAAGUGGUGCAAGGAUAGAGAAGCUAGCCACCCCCAAUGGUCCAACAGUUAGGGGAUUUGAACUCAUUGACGAGAUAAAGGCUGAGCUUGAGGCAGAAUGCCCUGGCAUAGUCUCGUGCGCUGAUCUUUUGGCAUACUUGUCAAGGGAUGCCUUUGUUGUAUCAGGUGUCCCUCACUACGACGUGCCUGGUGGACGUCGUGAUGGAAUGGAAUCCCUUGAAGCAAAUGUUCUUGGCAACCUCCCACUUCCUGAUAAUACAGUGGACAAGAUGAUUGACCUGUUUAAAAAGAAAGGCCUGAAUGAAGAGGAUUUGGUUGUCCUAAUUGGUGCCCACUCCAUUGGAGUAGCCCAUUGUUUCAGCUUCCGUUACAGAUUGGAUGAUCCACAGAAGGCUACUAUGGUAGAUCCAAGGCUCGCUGGAGUUAUGAGAUUCACAUGUACCAGCCCAAUGAGUACUGUGGCUUUUGAUACCACCACCCAGUACAAGAUGGAUUCCAUUUACUACAAGCAGCUGGCGGGGAAGAGAGGAUUACUUGAAUCAGAUGAACUUUUGAAUGAAGAUCCCAGAACAAAGGACUUUAUCCAGAAGUUUGGUGACGAUGAAAUGGGAUGGUUCAAUAAGUUGGGUAAGGCCAUGAACAAGUUGGCUUCAAUACAAGUGCUCACGGGAGACCAGGGACAGAUCAGGAAACAAUGCCGGUCUGUCAACUAAAAACUGGAUAUAAAACUCUAACAUGCAUCAAAAUUGAAUUAGUUCUUCACUUAACCCCCCCCCCCCCUAAAUUUACCAACUCAUAGGACUAAUAUAACAAACAUACAGAUGGUGCAUCAGAGGUGU